CGGGACCGGGACCGGGAGCGGGAUCGGAGCGGGAACGGGCUCGGAUUUGGGAUUUCGGGGCUGAAGAUGCAGGAGAAUUACGAGAACGUCAUUUCCUUGGCCGAGGAGAUCGCCAUCAGUUGGCCGCGGAUCACCGCCUUCGCCGAAUCGCACCGGAGACGCGGCCUGGGCGCCGCUGCGGAAUCCGAGGCGGAUCAGCCCCGCCCCUCCCCCCCUCCGGCCCCGCCCCUUCCGGCGGGUGGGCGUGGCUCGGCGGAAGGGGCGGGGCCGGAGCUGCGGCGGCAGCUGGGGCUGAUCCUGCAGGCGGCCGGGAGGAGCCGUGUGGAGAAGAUGCUGCGGGAGCUGGUGCGGGAGCAGGGCCAGGCCGGGAAGCGCCGGAAGCGCCCGAGGGAGGCCCGGGACGGCGCCGCCGGCGCCGGGAGCGGCCCCGAAGACGACCCCACCCCUUUGGCCGCCCAAGACCCUCCCGCGCCUCAACCGUCGACCGAUGCCGACCUCCCGGCGACGCCGAAGGGCCGAAAACCCGCCGGGAGCUGCUCGGAGUGCGGCAAAAGCCCGGCCAAGCUCCGGCGCCGCUCCGAGUGCUGCCGGCGCUGCCGCCAACCGGAACGCGCCGCGGCGGCGGCGGUGGAGAAACCACACCGCUGCGGCGACUGCGGCAAAGGCUUCAGCCGCGGCUCCAACCUGGCGCAGCACCGGCGCAUCCACACCGGGGAGAGGCCGCACCGGUGCGGCGACUGCGGCAAGGGGUUCAUCCAGCGCUCCGACCUCGAGCGGCACCGGCGCGUCCACACCGGCGAGCGGCCGUACGCCUGCGCCGACUGCGGCAAACGCUUCAGCGUCAGCUCCCACCUGGACCGGCACCGCCGCACCCACGCCGGCGGGCCGGGGCCGCCGGAGCAGCCCCGCGGCAAAACCAAAACGGCGGCGUCGGCGGCGGAAUCGGCGCCGCACCGCUGCCCGGAUUGCGGGAAGAGCUUCGGGCAGCGCUCGGCGCUGGCGAAGCACCGCAAGACGCACACGGGCGAGCGGCCGCACCGCUGCGGCGACUGCGGCAAGAGCUUCAGCCGCGGCUCCAACCUGACGCAGCACCGGCGCAUCCACACCGGCGAGCGGCCCUUCGCCUGCGGCGACUGCGGCAAGGGCUUCAUCCAGCGCUCCGACCUUGAGCGGCACCAGCGCGUCCACACCGGCGAGCGGCCGUACUCCUGCGGCGAGUGCGGCAAGAGCUUCAGCGUCAGCUCCCACCUGGACCGGCACCGGAAAAUCCACGCGGCCGAACGCGCCUCCUACCGGUGCCCGGAGCACCUGGCCGGCUUUUUGGCGGCUCACCGGCACGGCAGGCUCUUCCAGUGCGGGCAGUGCGGGCGGUGUUUCGGUCAAGGCGCGGCGUUGUUGAAGCAUCAACGCUCUCACGCCGGCGGCAAGCCGUACAAGUGCCAGGAAUGCGGGAAAAGCUUCGGGCAGCGCUCGGCGUUGGUGAAGCACCGGCGCAUCCACACCGGCGAGAAACCCUACAAGUGCCCCGAGUGCUCCAAGGGGUUCAUCCAGAAAUCCGACCUCACCAUCCACCGGCGGAUGCACACCGGCGAGAAGCCGUACGCGUGCCGCGAGUGCGGCAAGCGCUUCAGCGUCUCCUCCAACCUCCUGACGCACCAGAGGACGCACCUGGGCGAGAAACCCUUCCAGUGCGCCGAGUGCGGCAAGAGCUUCAUCCAGCGCUCCGAGCUCACCAUCCACCGGCGCGUCCACACCGGCGAGAAGCCCUACGAGUGCCGCGAGUGCGGCAAGCGCUUCAGCCGCAGCUCGCACCUCAACCGGCACCGGCGCACCCACGGCAAAGCCGCCGUGUCUGCCUCCUCCUCUUCCUCUUCCUCCUUCUCCUCUUCCUCCUCCUCCUCUUCUUUCUCCUCCUCCUCCUCCUCCUCGGCCGCGGCGUCCGCGGGUUUGGCCUUCCCGGCGUUCCCGGGCUCCUCGGCCGUGCCGGCGGCGUUGGAGCUGCCCUGGGCGUUGGCGCUGCCGGGCCGGGCGUUCCCGGGCUUUCCGGUGGGUAAUUAGGGAGGCGGUUAAUUAGGGCCGGGGGGCGCUCGGGUAAUGAGAGGGGGGAGGCGGGGGCGGCCGCGGCGCCGGGGGGUUCCCGGCAUCGCCCAACUGGGCUUGGCCAACCCAACACCCAACCUUGGCUUGGUCCCAGUCCAUUCUCAUGGCUGAUUAACGAUCUCUAAUUAAUUAGGGGUGAUUAAUUGGCUAAUUAAGUGCACACAUGAGGAGUUCCCAUCAUUCCAUGGUUCCGGGGGGUUCCCGGCGCUCCCGGCGCCCAACUGGGCUUGGCCAACCCAACACCCAACCUUGGCUCGGUCCCGUUGAGUUCCCAUUCAAAGUUGGUGCCCAAUUAACGAUCUCUAAUUAAUUAGGGGUGAUUUUAUUCAUUAAUUAAUGGGGAGAUGAGGAGUUCCCAUCAUUCCAUGGUGCCGGGGGGUUCCCGGCAUUGCCGGCGCCCAACCGGGCUUGGCCAACCCAACACCCAACCUUGGCUCGGUCCCGUUGAGUUCUCAUGGCCGAUUAACGAUCUCUAAUUAAUUAGGG